UUCCAGAAAUCUAAAGUCUGAAAAGUUCAGAGUCUUCCUCCUGCUCUCUUGGUUUGAUCUUGCUUCAUUGCUUUUUCGUAUCUCGUUGCUGUUACCCUGGUUUCUCCUUGGGGUCUCUCUUACCCUUGAUUUUCCUCUGUUUUCUCACUCUUGAUUUUCUCUUGCGCUUUCUCUUCUUUGUUGUAUUCUUUUUCUGUUGGUCCCAUGCUAAAUCAUUCUGAUCUCCGUGUUUAGCCAUCGCUUUAUCUGGGUUGAUCCGCUGUUCUUCUUAUCCAUAAAAAAAAUCUUCAUUUUCUUUUGCCAAUAAAAAAAAAACUUCAUUUUUCUCUCCUCUCCUUGUUCUCUUGUUCCAGCUCCUCUUCAUUUUUCCUUCCUUGAUUUCCCCUAAAAUGGCUGGAAUCAUUCUAAUGCCGGUUGCAAAACUGAUCCUUGGCAAGGCAUCCGACUUGGCCAAGGAGCAGAUUGGACUGUUGUGGAAUUUCAGACGCGAGCUCAGCAAAUUCGAGGCCACCGUCUCCACCAUCCAGGCCGUGCUCCGUGAUGCUGAAGAGAAGCAGGCCCACAGUCACCAAGUCAAAGACUGGCUCGAGAAGCUCUCAGAAGUCAUGUAUGAUGCCGAAGAUUUGCUCGACGAUCUCGCUACUGAGGCUCGCCGGAAGGCCGUGGUAGCAGCUACAACAGAUGAUGCUGGUGGCAGGAGGAGGAUGUCAGCAACGACUUGUUGGAGUGUGGUAUGCUUCCUGUUGUCGUCACUUCCCAAGCAAUUGGUAUACGACCUCAAGAUGGCUCAUGCUAUCAAGGCCAUCAGGGAGAGGCUUGACGAUAUAGUGAAAGACAAAGACGCCUUGCAUCUGGAAGUUGAUACUACUGAGGAAGAAACUCUUCCUUCCAGGGAGACUGAUUCCUGCCCGCCCAAGAUUGUGGUUGGGAGGGAAGAUGACAAGAAGAAUAUUAUUGAGCUACUGCUGAAUCAUCAUAGUGAAGCCAACAUUUCAGUUGUCCCAAUCGUUGGGAUGGGUGGGCUGGGAAAAACUACUCUUGCUCAGCUUGUGUUCGAUGAUGAUCGAGUGAAAGGUCACUUUGAUAUCAAAGCUUGGGUCUAUGUUUCACAGAGCUUCGAUGUCAAAGUGAUUCUCGGAAAGAUGCUGCGAUCCAUAAACUGUGGAAGCCAAGCAGGUGUUGAUUUGGAUGUUUUGCAAACUCGCGUUCGAGAAGCAAUCAAAGGCAAGAGGUUUUUAUUUGUAUUAGAUGAUGUGUGGGAAGAAACCGACAGAAGUUGGGAGACUUUGGGAAAAUAUUUGAUGUUUGGUGCUGCUGGAAGCAAAGUGUUGGUGACUACUCGAUCCACAAAAGUGGCGGAGGUUGGUGGAGGAGCUCUGAAGUCGAGAACAAGUACAAGCAUUGUAGAGCCUUAUAACUUGAAAGGCUUGUCAGAAGAAGAGUCUUGGAACUUGUUGGUGGAAAAGGCCUUCCCAAGAAAAGUUCCUCAAGAAUCACAACUGCAAAAAAUUGGUAAAAAUAUAUUGAGGAAGUGUGAUGGAGUUCCUCUAGCUGUGAGCACCGUAUCUGCUGUGUUAGUAUAUUCUAAAGAUCCAAACAUCGAGUGGCCAUCUUUUCUACAAAAAAGCCUUUCGAGCAUCGCAAAAGAAGGAGAAGAGGAUCCUACAAUGUCAGCUCUCAAACUAGGUUUCAAUCAUCUCCCUUCCUAUAUGAAGCAUUGCUUUGCUUAUUGUAAAAUGUUUGGCAAGGGUGAGGAGAUCCCUAUAAAAACUGUGGUUCAACUUUGGGUAGCACAAGGGUACAUUGAGUCGGAAGAUAGAGGUUUUGACUGCUUCAAAACAUUAUGGUGGCGAUCAUUCUUCCAAGAGGUGCAAAUGGAUGGGCUGGGCAAUAUGUCAACGUUCACAAUGCACGAUUUGAUGCAUGACCUCGCUUGUUGGAUAGCUGGAGAAAAGAUCAUAGCAACUUCAAGUUUAACGAUUCUAAAAAAUGUUCCUUCAAAAACCCGUCACUUGUUCGUAACGGCUGGUCGUGAUGAUGAUCAGAGAGAAGAUCAUGGUGGUGAUGGUCUGGGAAAUGCAAGCAAGGUGCGAAGUCUUGCACACCUGGAGUAUCUUACAAGCAAAGAAGUUCAACAAGUCAUUAACAACUUCAUACGGUUGCGCACACUACUAUUUUUUUGUGAAGAUCAAGACUCAAACGAUGAGGACAGGUCAAUUUUUGAUGCUUUUACUUCAAUUAAUUUUUAUAAGUUGAAGCAUUUAAGAUUGCUUUAUUUCAGUUGCGAGGGAAGGAAAGAACUUCCAAACUCAAUUAGCAACUUGGUUAAUCUGCAAGUACUGGGACUCAUUGACAUCGGGUCACUGAAAGAACUACCAAAGGGUAUUGAGAAGCUUGUUAAUUUGAAGCAUUUGGAGCUCAAAGCAGACGAAGCAGGACAUAUAACCCAUAUGCCAAAAGGGAUUGGGAAGUUGAAGUUUCUCCAAACGCUACCAAUUUUUGUAGUCAGCAAGAAGAACGGUUGUAUUAGUAAUGACAAUACAGUUGGGGCUGAGUUGGAUGAGCUGAAAGGGUUAAAUGCAUUGUGUGGAGAGUUAGCAAUUAAAGGCCUAGGAAAUGCUGAAUCUCCAAGAACAGAUGUUUAUGUCUUGAAUGAAAAGCUACAUCUCCAGUCACUUGUUUUAGAUUGGAGCAGAGAUGAUGACAUUGGCGACGAUGUUCAUGAUGUUACUUCCUUGUCUAUUCAUGAUGAAGGGAUAUUGGAAAUGCUGAAGCCACACUUUAAUCUGAAGAAGUUGGCGAUACAAAGAGGUUAUGGAGGGGUGAAGAUUCCUAACUGGUUGUCUGGCCUCACCAAUUUGGUUGAGUUCUCAUUACAAGAUUGCGAGCAAUGUGAGUAUCUCCCCCCGCAAAUUCAUAAAAUGCCGAGUCUGAAGAGGCUUACAAUUGUAAAUUGCCCGCUGUUGAAGGGCAUCGAUGAUGAUGGCUAUCAUCGUGAUUCUUCACCGAUAGAGGAAGAAGAUUGCGAGUGGCCUCGGUUUUGUUGUCUUACCGACUUGAGCAUUAAGCAUUGCCCAAGGCUAACUCGGUUGCCCACUUUCCCUACCGUUGAAGGCGAGUUGGAGUUGGUUGCGGUGAGCUUAGCACUAUUAGCUAGGACUAUGAAGACGAAGAUGAGGGGAGGAGGAGGUGUUGGUUAUACGGAUGAAUUCGAUACAAAUAUCCAUUCUCUUCGUACGUCUUCUUUUUCGGCAUUGGUCCACUCACUCUCCAAGCUUACCAAGUUGAGAUUAAAGAGAAUCGAUGACGAUUUCGAAUCCCUAUCAUAUCAUGAUUCGAGCAGUUGUCUCGUUUCUCUUCAGGAGUUGAGAGUUGAGGGAUGUCGUACAAGGGUAAAGCUUCCUAGUUCACUGUGUUCCAGUGUGAGCUUGAAGGUGAUUCAGUUACAAGGUUGUCAGAUGGUAGAGUACUUGCCACCCCUACAUGGACUCCCAUCCUUGAAAGAACUAACUAUUAUUAACUGUCCGAAUCUGAAGGGAUGUUGGUGGAAGAAAAGGAAGGGGAAUAAUGAUAAUUACGGCAAUGGUGGUGAUGAUGAUUAUUACAACUUUGAUCCUUCAAUGGAAGGAGGGGAAGAGGAAAGGGAAGAUGAGGAGUGGCCCCGUUUCCCUUGUCUUUUGGAAUUGAAGAUUCUAGAUUGUCCAAACCUGACUCGGAUCCCUCUGUUUCCAACGGUUGAAAGGUUGAAGCUAAUAGAUACCAGCUCAAAGGCGCUAGUGCGGACAAUGAAGAUGCAAGUGGCGGGAGCAGUUCAUCAUGAUUCUCGGCAAAAUUCCACUACAACAGCAACUACGUCUCCUUCUUCCCAGAGGACAGCGCUGGAUAGACCGCUAUCUAACUUGGAAAUUUUGGUUCUUUCGGGAAUUGACGAACUGGAAUUUCUACCAGAAGAAGUCCUCUGCAACCUCACUUCUCUCCGUGAUUUGAAGAUUUACUUUUGUCUAAGAUUAGCAACUCUGCCUCCAGCAAUGCGGCACCUCACCUCUUUACACAGAUUGGAAAUUCGGGGGUGUCCUGAGUUGACAAUAAGAUGCAGAAAGGGUGAAGGCGAAGACUGGCCCAACAUUUCCCACAUCACUUGGAUAACACUGGACUGAACUAGUCUCCAAGGUUAAUCAAAUCAUCGUGUCCUUAUCACUAGCAUUUAUCUGUUUUCUUUUCCAAUUAGCCUACUAGAUUAUUUCACCGAGUCUUUUACAUGGCCGUGUGUUCUCUCCGUAAAUGGUCGAGUCUCUGUGAAUCCUAGUGGAUUCUUCAAUUCCAUUUCACUCAUUUAGGAUCCACUCUCAGCAACAUAUCAUUCUUCUUGUUGCUACUAAUAUUCCGGUUGUGAUUCUGUGUAUGUAUAUGGUAAUUUCUACGUUGCACCUACCAAAAUGAUUGCAAGGCUAAAAGUAAGCUUUGAUCAUAGAAUUUUAAAUUUUAAUUGCUCGAACUAGUCUGCUAAGAUAAUCUAGAACUACAACUAAUCCAUUGCCUUUUUUUUUUAAAUCCUAACUCUUACAUUCUAAACCCUAAGCCACCAACUCAAAAUCAUUAAAAUAAUAGUAAAUUUUAAAUAAUUUAUGUGUAUAUUUGUCCAUCUUCUGUUUUAUUGUAUUGCAAUAAAAAAUUGUCAUAAGUUUGCCUUGAAUUAGCUAGCUUAAAAUGGCGAUAUCUGGUGUUUUGAAUGUACGUGGACAAAUUAAAACUCUUAACCAUAGUUUUUAGGAAUUAGAGAAUAAGGGUGUAAGGUUCAUAAUUCAGGCUAGCAUAUCCUAAAUGUUGAUCUAUUCAUGCUCUAAUUUAUCCACAUCUCUGUCAUUACUGUCUGAUUUAAUCCCCUUGCUGACAAAGUUGAGGUUUUCUUCACUGUAUAUGUACCCCAAAUCUAAAGUGAGACGAUGAUAGCAGCUUCUGUGUACAAGUUGACGAAGAGCGACCGUGAUAGUGUACAACCAGGAAACUCAUCGUCUACAUGCAUAACAUACAGACAGGUAGCGGAAUUUAUAUCUCUUUGUCAGGAAAGGUGGUUCUGCUGUGCAAUCUUUGCUUAUAAUGGAUGUUCAGGUUGCAGACCAGCGGUAUUACCACUAGAUCAAGCACAUGUUCACGAUCAAGGUUAAAUGUUAUAUGAUCUUAAGCGCACGCCCUCCUGUGUUUGAUAUGAAACCAGCUUGGUGGUCUCUUAAUUGCUUUUUAUGCUGUGUGCUAACAGGGGGCUCAUUCCUGAAGGGAAGCUGGACGCUUCCAACACGCCGUAUUAUGAGCCGUUCACUGAAGACGUGAGAGCUGAGAUCGAGAGAGAAGGCUCGUUUGCUGUGGAUCGACUGGAGAUCAUCGUGAUCCCAUGGGAUGGGUGUAAUGGAGAAGGAACGCAGCAUGACAGGGCAACCACGGCGAGGAACAUGGGGAAGGCGAUCAGAGCGGUGGACGAGGCGAUGAUUCAGAGCCAUUUCGGUGGAGGAGAUGCGGAGUUUAUGGACCGUUUGUUUCAGAAGUUUAGUCCCAAAAACAGACAGUAAGGAGCACAACCAGACAUUUCUCAGAUACAAGAUAUGUACAAGGAGCCAAACGUGACCUUUGCUUCAACCAUGUUCUUCUGUGCUUUCUUUUGCAGAAUCUAACAUAUUGAUGAAGAGGAGAGCCCUCCCAUUAUUGGCAGAGUGUCCAAGAACACAUUUUGCAGCAACAAGUUUUACUGUCUGUAAGGCGUAAGCUACCAACCUGAAUAACGACGUUUAAUGAGGUUUGGUGUUCGAAACCGGUAAUAUACCCGAAAAUGUUUUUCAGGACAUCUUCUUUUGUCUAUUUUUUUUAACGAUUUUCCAAACCCUAUAAUUUAUUACCAACACUUCCAUUUCGCGUCGUCUUCUCGGUGCCUGCAGCUUAGUCUCGUUGCCGCCGGUGCCGUCCUUCUUCUGCUCGCCCUACCUCCGCCAUCAUCACUUCCUUGAGAGCUGCUGCAGCUUCAGGAGCCGCCAGAAUAAGAUACGAAACCCAGCAACUUCACACAAAAAUAGCAAUCUUCCAUUCUUCAAGUAAUUUCCACUUGAAGAAUGGAAAUUAUGUGUGUGUGCACAAUGCACGAUUUGAUGCAUGACCUAGCUUGUUGGAUAGCUGGAGAAAAGAUCAUGCCAACUUCAAGUUUAACGAUUCUAAAAAAUAUUCCUUCAAAGACCCGCCACUUGUUCGCAACGGUUGGUGAUGAUGAUGAUAAGAGAGAAGAAGAUCAUGGUGGUGAUGGUAUGGGAAAUGCAAGCAAGGUGCGAACUCUUGCAUACUGGGGUUAUCUUACAAGCAAAGAAGUUCAACAAGUCAUUAACAACUUCAUACGGUUGCGCACACUAGUAAUUUAUUGCAAAGAUCAAGAGUCAAACGAUGAGGACAGGUCAAUUUUGGAUGCUUUUACUUCAAUUAAUUUUUAUAAGUUGA